CUUGGCCAAGGGCAUGGAUGCUGAGAGCUUCAGUCUGCACACGUUCGAGGCGCUCAUCUCGCAGAGCAUGGAGAACUUGGCUGCAGCUGGGAAUCGCGGUCAUCAUCAAAUGCUGCCAGUGCCAAAAUCAGGCCCAUUUUUCAAUGCCAGUUUUGACAACCAUCCCAUGUCUGCUGGACCAGGUGCUCCUUCUCAACACGGCAUGAUGAUGGGCAUUGGCAGGGAAACGGCCCUGGACAGAGGCUAUUACACUGACAGGGGUUACUUGAGUGACCAUCGGGAAUCCCGGUCUUUCAGAGAAAGACGUCCUAUUGCUAGGUCUGGAGUGAGAUCUGGCUGGAGAAAGGGUAAUUAUGAACCAUUUGUUGCUGUUCACCUAAAAGACAAGCCUGUGUCUGGGUACUUGAGCUCGUUCUGCGCCUGGACCUUGUCGUUGCCGAACAUGCCCACAAUGAAUGGACUCAUGGCUUCAAUUUGUCUCUUGACUCUUGCCCCCUUUGUCCCGGACAAAGGCCCAUCAUUAUUCCCGCGGCCCCCGAAGAACUCGUCCACCUCGCGACUCCAGUUCCCGGGCAACCGGUCAAAGUACCCAGCCUGGUGCAACGUUGCCAAGCCCAGUGCCCCCGACGCGGCGUCAUCAAUCGCAGUUGGCACCGCUUCCGUCACCCGCACGACGAAAGUCGCGUUCCCUGCUGCGUCUCGUCUCGGGAGGGCGCCGACAUCUUGCAGAAACGUUGCGGCGAUCCAGGAGCACACGCCCGGCAGAGCAAUGGCUGCGAAGACAUAG